UUUGGGAGCCCAGGCAAGUAGGUGACAGGUUGCUCCUGACUGGGAAGGUUGCUUGGCAAGUCAGGAUUGGGUUUCCUGUCAGAAGGACCAUGAUGAGGGAGAGGAUAGAGCCGUGCUCAGGGCUGUUUCCCAGGACCUGAGCUGGAAUCCAGAGUUUUCAGAGCCCACCUGAUCACUGAUACAAAAUGGACUGUAGCCCAGCUGGGACCCCCAGUCCACAGCACCUGAGGGUCAAUGGGAACAUCAACCUGGGGCCUUCAGCCAACCCAAAUGCCCGGCCCACCGACUUUGACUUCCUCAAAGUCAUUGGCAAAGGGAACUAUGGGAAGGUCCUACUGGCCAAGCGCAAGUCCGAUGGGACAUUCUACGCAGUGAAGGUGCUACAAAAAAAGUCCAUCUUAAAGAAGAAAGAGCAGAGCCACAUCAUGGCAGAGCGCAGUGUGCUUCUGAAGAACGUGCAGCACCCCUUCCUCGUGGGCCUGCGCUACUCCUUCCAGACACCCGAGAAACUCUACUUUGUGCUGGACUAUGUCAACGGGGGAGAGCUCUUCUUCCACUUGCAACGGGAGCACCGGUUCCUGGAACCACGGGCCCGGUUCUACGCUGCAGAGGUAGCCAGCGCCAUUGGCUACCUACACUCUCUCAACGUCAUCUACAGGGAUCUGAAACCAGAGAACAUUCUCUUGGACUGCCAGGGACACGUGGUACUGACAGAUUUCGGCCUCUGCAAGGAAGGCGUAGAGCCCGAGGAGACCACGUCCACAUUCUGUGGCACCCCAGAGUACUUGGCUCCUGAAGUGCUUCGGAAGGAGCCUUACGAUCGGGCGGUGGACUGGUGGUGCUUGGGGGCAGUCCUCUUUGAGAUGUUGCAAGGCCUGCCACCCUUCUACAGCCAAGAUGUGUCCCAAAUGUAUGAGAACAUUCUGCACCAGCCACUACAGAUCCCUGGGGGCCAGACGGUGGCUGCCUGCGACCUCCUGCAAGGCCUUCUCCACAAGGACCAGAGGCAGCGGCUGGGCUCCAAAGCAGACUUUCUUGAGAUAAAGAACCAUGUAUUCUUCAGUCCCAUUAACUGGGACGACUUGUACCAUAAGAGGCUGACUCCACCCUUCAACCCAAAUGUGGCAGGACCUGCUGACUUGAAACACUUUGACCCAGCGUUCACCCAGGAAGCCGUGUCAAAGUCUAUUGGCUGCACUCCAGACACUAUGGCCAGCAGCUCCGGGGCCUCAAGUGCAUUCCUGGGAUUUUCCUAUGCCCCAGAGGAUGAUGAUAUCUUGGACAGCUAGAAGAGAAGGCACCUGCGAAACCACUGAGGACAGCUGGUAUCAGUAAGGAGUUACCUUCAGCUCCUAGUCACAGAGACUCAAAGUAACAAUGGCUUAAAGGAGAAACAGGUUUAUUUUUUUUUUCCACCACAUAAGAAGAAUGGUGUUAGGUGGUCCAAGGCAAGUAUGACAGGUCCAUGGUCAUCAGACACUGAGGCUUUUCUGCUCUGCCACCCUGGGCAAAUGGCUUCCAAUAUUAGAGUUGCUUCAUUAUCAUAAAAUGGUUGCUGGAGCUGUAGCCAUCACUUUUGUGUUCUGGGCAGGGAAAAAGGAGGAAAGGGAGGGGGGAGAGCAAAAGGGCACCUUUAAAGAGCUUUCCUGGAAGGCUUACACAAUGACUUCUGCUUCCAUCUCAUUAGCCACCCAACCCUACCAGUAAUGGAGGCUGUGCUAUGCAGUUUAUUAGCUGGGCACAUUGCUACCCCUAAUAACAUAAGGGUUCUGACACUCGGGGAGAGGGGAAUGAUGUUGGGUAGGUAAUUAACACUCUUUACCAGAGGGUGUCUUGGUGUUUGGAUUUUGCAUCUCUAUGUGUAGAAUAAGACAGAUGUAACAAGCCUAUAGGGUAUCGCCCAACAUUUCCUGAUUAUUCUA